AUGUUUGGGGGUGAAGGGAGGGCGACAGGCGAGGAUGGCGGGAAAAAGGGCCACGACGACAGAGCAGCAGCAGCAGCACUGCGCGAGGAGGUGGCCCUCCUAUGGGCCGAGCUGCGCGAAGAGCGCCGCUUGCGCCUCGCCCUCGAAGCCCGCCUACACAGCGUGCUCCCUCAGCUAGCUGCUACUGCUGCCGCUGCCGCUGCCGAAUGCGCCCCCGCCACUUCCACCGCCACUUCCGCUUCUUCUCCUCCUCCUCCUUCGUCGUCGUCGUCAUCGUCACCGGGCACGUGCUCGACAGUGGUGGUGCCCGUGGUGGUGAUGCCCACCGACGAUUCUUCUUCCACCGUCGUCGCCGCCACGGGCACCACCACUACUACUUCCUCUCCGGCCCCCUCCCCUAAGGAGCAGCAGGUGGAGGGGCACCAGCAGAGCGAGCAGGGCGGGUCGAGCACGCCAACGUCGAUGCCGUCGUCACCGUGGUCGUCAUCGUCGUCGCUGCUGGUCCCCGUGCAGCCCUCUCCUCCGUCGACGUCGACCUCGCCGCACUCGACCCUGCGGCGCGCCACCCCGAUCGGGUCCCUGCGGCGAGGCGGCGCCGAGCAGCAGGAGCACGCCCAGCAGCAGCAGCAAAAGGAGCCGCAGCCCCCCCAGUCGCCGGAGCAGCGGCUGGAGAGCGUGGAGAAGCGGCUGGCCAGCCUCGAGGAGAACGUGUGGGCUCUCUCGCGGCCCGGCCAGCUCCAGCCCGCCGCGUCGGGCCUCCUGAGCAACCUCCUGGGCCGCGUCGACGACAAGACCAAGUCCAAGCGACGCACCGUGAGGGACGCGAACAAGGGCGGCGCGGAGGGCGACAGCGACGACGAAGCGGGGAGCGCCCUGUUCGACCUGAGCCCGCAGGAGCUGGCCGAGCUCAAGGAGCGGACCGCCAACCGGUCCGUGCACGCCAUCGUCAAGGACGGCAGCCUCAGCCAACUGCGCGUCAAGGUGGCGGAGAACGUGGGGCUCAUCAACCUCAAGGACGAGGAGGGCCAGACGCCGCUGCACGUGGCCUGCCUGGAGCAUCCGGUCAAGAUGGACAUCGUCCGGUUCCUCCUCGCCAACAGCGCCGACGUGAACGCCGUCGACAGCAAUGGAUGGUCGCCCCUUCAUGCCGCCUGCAAGAACGCCCACGGCAACGGCGAUCUCGUGCGCCUCCUCCCGGCGGCGGCGGCGGCGGCGGCGGCGGCGGCAUAUGUGAAUAAUGGAGCGGAGGCGUCGCUGGCCAACUCAGACGAAACGCGUCCCAUCCACUACUUCGCCCGCCAGAAUUUCAGCCCCGAGCAGCUCCCGUCCUUCUCCAAAGCGCUCCACCUGCUCCUGGCCAAGGGCGCCGACCUCAGCCACACCAACCGUCACGGUGAAACGGCUCUCCACAACGCGGUGAUGUACGCGUGCAACGAGGUCGCCAUGUUCCUCCUGGCGCACAAGACGGCCAACCUCCAGAUCCGCAACAUCUACGGCGAGACGGUGCUCAACUACGCCAUACGCAGCUACAAGAAGGAACUGGUGGACAAGCUGCUGGAGCUCGGGAUGGACCCGCGCCAGCCCGACGACCGCGGCAACAAGACCGCGCUGCAGGUGGCCGCCGGCCUGGGCCUCCCCGCCAAGGACAUCUUCAAUCUCCUCAAAGCGCGAGCAUCGGCGCUGGACAUGAAGGACAUGACCCCCGAGCAAAAGACUCGCUACCGCAUGAAUUUGGCGAUUGAGGAGAUCAUUACCACCGAGACCGAAUACCUGCAGGACCUGCGCGUCCUCAUCUCCGUGUACGUGGAGCCGCUCAAGAAGAAUCAGCAGGACGACUCGGCGGCGACCAAGAUCCUCACCAAGAUGGAGAUGCAGUCCAUCUUCGGCAACGUGGAGCAGAUCUACCAGGUCGCCUCCGACUUUGUCCGGGACCUGCCCGACAUGGAGAGCAACUGGCAGGCCAACAAGGUGCCCCCGCCCAUCGGCAAGAUCUUCCGCAAACACACCAAGGCCUUCGAGGUGUACGAGAAGGUGUGCACGCACCAGCACAUCUCCACCGAGUGGCUGGACCGGGCGCUGGGCAAGGACGAGAAGAAGGGCAAGGCCACGCCCUUUGCCGAGUUCUGCGACAAGGCCCGGCAGCUCAAGGCGUGCCGCAAGCUCGACCUCGCCGCCUUCCUCAUCAAGCCUUUCCAGCGCAUCACCAAAUACCCGCUCCUCCUGCGCGAGGUGCUGGGGUACAGCGACGAGUCGUACGCGGAUUAUCAGGACCUGAAGAAGGCCCAGGAGGAGAUCAACGCCAUCAUCAACGGGGCCAACGAGAAGAAGCGCAUCUCGGACAACCUGCAGAGCAUCAUCAAAAUCCAGUCCCGCAUCGAAUGGCCCGCCCAGUCCCUCGUGAAUUCGAUGGUGCCCCUGAUCGCCAAGAAGGGGCGCACCCUCACGGCCAAGGGCGACAUGCAGGUCUCCGUGAAUGGGGAGAAGUUCGCGCAGCGCCACGUGUACCUGUUCUCCGACGCCCUGGUCGUCGUACAACGCAUCCGAAAGGAGAAGAAGACCAAGAAGAAGUUCCUCUUCGUCUGCCAGCUGCUCUUCGAGACCGCCGCCGUGUCCGACGUCAAGGAUGGUUCCGUCGAGAGCGGUAAGCAGCUGAAGGCGUGCCUCGGCGUCGAGGACGGCAAGCACAAGGCGCUCAUCUGCUGCACCUCAGAACUGGAAAAGGUGGAAUGGUUCGACCACAUCAGCAAGGGGAUCGAGCUGGCCAAAACGCUGAGCCACGCGGACAAGAAGGAGAGCAUUCACGAGACGAUCAGGAACGCCAAGCCGGGGGAGAAGGGUCCCAGCGUGGUGGCAGCCCUCCACGAGCUGAACCGGGUGCACAGCGAGAGCGGAGGGCUUUCGGGCACGGUGGUGAUCGGAGGGGCGAGCGGCAGCACGCUGGCGGUCACCAGUGCGCUUCGAGGGAGGGACACGGCCUCGGGGUCGUCGGGUGCCCUCAGCGCCCGUACGCCGCGGGGUAGGGCAGAGGAGAGCUCGGAAAAGAAGAAGGAGGAGGAGGAGGGGGAGGAAACCACGCCCUCCACCAGCCCCAGCACCGCCCCCGUCACUGAGGAUCCCUCGAAGGAGGAGUCCUCCGGUGGCGGCGGGGGCGAGGGCAGCGCCGUAGGGUCAGCCAUGUGGGAGGUCAAGAGAGAGCGCACCAAGAAGCGGUCGACGGUGUACCUGGGCUCGCUCACCCUGCCCCGCUUCGGCUCCACCGACGACGCAGCGGCCAGCACCAAGAAAACGAAGAAGAAGAAGAAGAGUGGCAAGGACGACAAGAAGGAGAGCAAAAAGGAGAGGAAGGCUGCCGCUGCCGCCGCCGCUGCCUCUUCCACCCCCGCUGCUGCUGCCCCGCCAGCCAGCGACAGCUGA